AUGAUUACAUCAGAUUUUUUGAGAGCGACGCUCUUGGCAUUUCUUGCUGGACAGUGCAGUAGCAUAUCGCUGCAGACAUCGAAUCGUUUGACUCGCCACAUUGGGCCUACGUCUAUUCCAUGUGUCAUCCACCAGACCUGGAAGACGCACAAGCUUUCACUUGAUCAGGGCGAUAAUGUGCAGACCUGGAAGUCGAAGAAUCCAGAAUGCGAGCAUAAACUUUGGGAUGAUGCAGAAGUCGAACGACUAGUUCAAAAGAAAUCUCCAGAUGUUAUAUGGCCAAUCUGGGAUGGGCUUCGCCCAGUUGAGCGCGCAGAUGUCUUUCGCUACUUGGUGCUGUGGGACCAAGGCGGCUACUAUGCGGACUUAGAUGUCAAAUGUGACACACCAAUCGAACAGUUUCCAGUACCCAAAAAUGUUAGUAUGAUUCUUGCCUAUGAAUCUGGAAGUCGCCUGACGGAACCAGACCGUCAAAAGAAUAAGUUUCCCCGGGUGGAACAGUUUCAGAAUUGGUUCAUGGCAUCUUCCCAGGGCAACCCCAUCCUUCAUCGUGCUUUGGACAUCAUACGCGAGAAAUUCAUUUGGAAAGUUCAGAAGACUGUGGACUUGACUGGCCCGGGAACUCUCAGUGAUGCCGUCCACGAGUUUUUGGCAACCACCUCCAUUGAGCAGGGCAUCCCUGAAGAGAUAUCUCGCAGGACCAGCUAUUUGAAAAGUUUCACCUUUCCGAGUGAAAACCUGUACGAGUCUGGGAAUCAGACAGUUUGGCUCAUGGCCGCAGGACGUGUGGGAGCCCAGUUGCGCGUUGGCGAUGAUCCCGUAGCGCACCUUUUGCAACACAGUUAUGCUGCAACUUGGAAACCACCUGGCGGCGUGCAGCCUUGA